ACAGGCUAAUGAUUGAUUGACUGAUCAUCAGCGGACAGAAGAGAUAUCGGUCAGUCACAUUGCAGCUGUCAGAAACCUUUCAGUAAGAAGCAGUUUGUGUUUGUCAGGAUGAGAUCGGCUAGUUUUUCUGUGUUCGUGUUGGUUCUUCUCUUCAUUCACUCUGAAACUCUGCAGACAGGUCAAUCAUUAACAGACCCGCAGGAAGCAGAACCAACAACCCGACCCACCCUCCUUCCGGUCACCAGCCCCGCACCCCCAACCCCUGCAGACCGAGACCAAGACCCGUUUCUGGGUCCGUCUGAGUGUCUGGAGAAGAAGUUAACUCGUAAUUCAUGUCACCUGGUGUUUUGCGCUCCGUGGGAGCGUUGCAUCGAAGGGACCUGCUCCUGUAAGCCGCCGUACUUAUGUCCCGUCGACAACACCACCUUCGUCUGUGGGCGGGACCACAGAACCUACACCUCCUACUGCCAGGUUAUGGCUUACUCGUGCCGCGUCAAACGACCCACCAUGUCUCACUUUGGGCAGAAGUGCGGAGCACCUUAUGAAAAGUUCACGAGUUCACGGGACCAAGAGACGGGAGUGGUAACGGUCAACCUUCCUCAGGCUGGAAGCACCAGUGCGGAGAGGUUGCUGGUGUGCUGGAAGCUGUGGAACAUGGCGACUGCUAACGUCUUCUGCAAGGAGCACGGACAUCGACUCGGAGCGGCGAAGGCUGAUUUCAUACAAGGCAAAUCCCUGAUGGCCACCCACGGCAGGCAGUUCCCAGACGAAUGUGUUAGCGUCCGCUGCCAAGGUUACGAGAAUUCCCUCGCUGAGUGUGUAAUCUAUGACAAGAUCUCCCUUGGCAACAGGAAGGUCGCUACGAUAACCUGUUACGACGAAUCGAACGCACCAACAGAGGACGAGUGUGACUUCACAUGUGUAAACAGGAAGUGUGUGUCUCUGAACCAGACCUGUGACGGAGUCGAUGACUGUGGCGACCGCAGCGACGAGAUGUGCUGCAAAAGUUGCAGGAACCAUGCUUUCCGCUGUAAGACCGGCGUGUGCGUGGAUCGAGACGCACUCGGAGACGGACAGAUCGACUGUCUGGAUGGCGAGGAUGAAUCAAAGAAACACACAAUGGGCAACAGUGAGAUACAUACACGCUCUAACCAUCAAGAGCACGUGCGGUUGCAUCCACUACCUGAAAACACAAAGUACGUCAGUCCCAAAGAAGAAACGAGGAUCAGCCGACAUAUUCUGGAGUCCUCGCUAAUGUGUGGGAUCCCCAACAUGACCAAUGUGGACGACGAGGAGGUGAACGAGCGAGGACGGAGCAGCCGAGUUAAGAGGGUUGUGGGGGGAGUCCCAGCGAAACCGACUCAGAUCCAGUGGCAGAUUGCGCUGGAAGAGAACCGGAAGAUCGACUGUGGGGGCGCGUAUAUCGGAGGAUGCUGGGUAAUCACUGCAGCUCACUGCGUCAGACCCAACCCGUCUGCCUUCAGGGUGAAGUUUUCUCUCUGGAAGAAGUCCAGAGCUCAGGGCACGACUGACAUCGUUCCUGUGGCAGACAUUCACAUCCACCCUAGAUACAACGCCAGCUCCUAUGAGAACGACAUCGCUCUGGUGGAGCUGGAGAAACUUCCCUUCCAGGAGAAAUGUUUUGAGGACAACCCGGCCGUGAGCGCCGUCUGCGUUCCCUGGUCGACUCACCUGUUCCAGCCCAACCACACCUGCAGCAUCUCCGGAUGGGGACGAACCGCAGACGGGAGAUCAGCUCAGGUGUUGCUCUGGGCCAACGUGUCCCUCAUCGCCGACUGUCAGAGCUUCUACAGAAAUCGCUUCAAACCGGGAAUGAUGUGUGCAGGUGAUCUGGACGGCAGCGUGGACUCCUGUCAGGGUGACAGCGGAGGUCCUCUGGUGUGUAAGGAUGAACUCGGGGUUUCCUACCUGUGGGGCAUCGUCAGCUGGGGAGAGAGGUGUGGUCAGCCAGGAUUCCCCGGAGUUUAUACACAGGUUGCUCAUUACUUUGAAUGGAUCAGACAUCACACAAAGUGGCCUGCAGUCACCAAGUUCAACUCCUGAUGAAGACGAACACACGUAGGAUAAAUACACUUUGUUUUUAUUGUCGCUGACAAACUUUGAAUAAUAAUAAUAAUUUGUUUAUUGAUUGUAUCUCACUUUGUGUCCAAUAAAACUUCAAUAAAGUAUAUUUUUCUGUUUCUAUGGCUGACAAUA